UCAUGGGAGCAAGGAGUUUAAAAACAGAAGUAUUUACGACGCAGCGCUCGCCUUUCAAGUUCCUGUAGUGCCAGAAAACAUGCGGGACUGGCAGUGUGACACGGGCAGGUUAAAGAUAGUUGGCUUUCCGUUCGGCCACAUGCCCACCUGCCUUGCAUAGUGGAUAUCUGUGAUUCUGCUGCCAAAACCAAAGUUCAAAGUUCAAGUAUGUACCUCGAUACUUUGAAACAAGUGGAAAAACAGAAAGAGUGAAAGGAGCUGAGAAUAAACAAAAUUUGAAAAAAAAAAUCAGGUUUUAGAAAAUCCUAAAUAGUCUAUGAAAAGUUUGCUUAACACACAGAUUAGUUGUGUGGGUGUAUAUGCAAGUUGUUGCUACUACAGUAUAAAGUAGAGGGAAUAAAUAUGAUAGCGGUGGAAUUAAAACGCCACAUGGCACAAGCGAGAGGGACGUUUUUUCAAUCUAUCAGCGGGGCCGGGCAAUGACAGCAGCCUGUCACUGAAUCUGCUUCUCUGCUGAGCACUGCAGCAUUCUUGGAACGGACAACAUAAAAAAAAGUUCUCUUCAACAAGGCCACAGAUAGGGAAUGUCUUGCUCGUAAUAAAGCUCGCUCCAUGUUGCUUGUGUAUUUUCAAGUUACGUCCCUCGAUGUAAGUUGAAAAGGGGUAUUCCGAAAAAAAAGAAGAAAAAAAAGGGGGAUAUUCCGCAGUGGGCGUUAUUAUCCUGUACGGCAUAGUCCAGAACGCACGCAAAAGGCCCAAUCAGAAUGCACCAUCAAACUGCGGAGCACUGCUGCCCUCUAGUGGGCAGCUGCCAGUAUUGCGCCCUCAGGUGAACCCAAUCGAGUGGUUAGAGCAGCAGGGAAAGAGGCCAACCGUUUUAGCAGGAGUUCCAAAGUGCUUUGUUACCUCGCACAUUCCACAUGGCUGGAAAUAGUUUGAAGAAGCUGAAAGAGAGUUUGCACUACAUCCCAACCGGUCGACAACUGCCUAGGACGCCGCCUCCUUUACAAGUGAAGCAACGUUUGGAAUUUCCCAAUGAAGAUGAGAAAAGUCACAUUGUGGAAUUCAAACAGGGCCCAGAGGGGGGCAGCAGCGAGCACCCUGACCCAGACGUCUUUCAGGUUAACGACAUAAAACCAGUUUUAGGAGCUUUCUCUGACUCCUUGGUGAACGGCAUGAAAGACUAUCAGUUAACAGCAAGUGACCAGGACUUCAUGAUGAAGAUGCAGGUGGAGAAGCAAAUAAAGCAGCUCGAGGGAGAGCUGGUGGAGUUGCGAAACAUGCUGCAAACGGAGCUGGUCUUGGAGUCCACGUUAUACCCCGGGGACAACGUGCAAGCUGAACUUCAGAAGUCUUCAUCCUACUCUGAGCUGGUGGCGCACCACAAAAAGGUACUUGGAUCCUUGUACUCAUCGGUCAAAGUGUUGGAGCGAAAGGCCGUCUCACUGCUGGCCAUUGUGAGCAAGGAAGAUGUGGACCGAGCACCGAGCAAGAAGAAGGAGAAGAAGCAAGCAAUCAGUCAGAAGGAGACCAGUUGGAGAAAGGAGGACACAAAUGAGAGAGAACAUCUGGCGGAGCAACUUGUUGGUCACAAGACCACCAUUCAGCAGCUGAUGAGAGAUUUAGCAGACCUCAAAUCCAAACUGGCUUCAAUAGAGAUGGACAGACAAGAGGUUGCGACCCCCACGGCGCCAAAGACAAAUCUGCCGACCAGCAGGAAAGCAGCAGGCAAGGAUGCAACCAAACAAGAGGUUAUUACGAACGCAGCGCCAAGGACUAAUCUCCCGACCAGGAGAAAACCGGCCGGCAAAGGUUCAAACGACCCCUCAAAGUCCAAAGCGGUGAAGAUUCCCAAAGAAGCCGCAGGACAGCAGACGCCGGCGGAUCAGUCGAAACCUAAGCGAGGCGCCCGAGGGAGACCGAAGGCCGUCAGACAGGAAGCGGCGGCGACAUCGCCAGUGCAAAGUGUCAAACAGGCGGAUGAGGUGAAGCGUGGUCGGCCGGCGGGAAGGCGACUUAAGCAGCAGCAGGAGGAAAAAAAGGAGGAACAACCAAAUAUUGUGCUAAGACGCUCCAAGAGGAUUGCCAAUAUGAAGUGAUGGGACACAGCCACUUUAAAUGUUUUGACUUCAAGUUUUAGUCAUAUGUUUUAGGCCUCCAAAUAAAUAAAUAAAUUAAA